UAAUAUAUUAAAAACAUUGAAGUAUGCAGAGUACCUCCGAUUCGAUGUUGUAACAACUGACCGGUCAUCGACAGAGACAACCGUCGCUCCACUACUCUCUACCACCAAAUUCCUCUCUCUCUCUCUCUCUCUCGGGCCGAGCCAUGACUACGGCUUCGAAGAACCAUUACCACCCCUCUUCUUCCCGGCCACCAAGAAACCCUAACCUCAAUACCACUACCACCACACUGGCUAACCUCCAAAAUUCCAACCCUAAUCCUAAUCCCUCCACUACUCCCAAUUCCCCAAUCAUCCUCUCCGAACAAGACCAGGUUCUCUCCUAUGCCUCCCACCUCACACGCCAAGAACUCCUCAAGCGUCGUUCCUACAAACUCAAGCAGCUCUCCAAAUGCUACAGAGACUACUAUUGGGCUCUAAUGGAGGACCUCAAGAUCCAGUACAGAGACUACUACUGGAAGUACGGUGUCAGCCCAUUCAAAGAAGACCAUCCUAUUCUACAACAACAAAAGCAAGAGCAAGGCGGCGCUGUAGAGAGAGAAAGUGGAGAGAGAGAGGGCGGUAUUGUUAAUACUGAAGUUAUUGGGGAAAAUAAUAAUGGUAAUGAUUAUGUUAAUAAUUCGCUUUCUAGUUAUAAGGGCGAUUUGGAUUUGAAGAACCAUCAACGUUGUCUGUUUGUGGGGUGUAAGCUAAAGGCUAUGGCUUUGACUAGUUUUUGUCAUCUGCAUAUCCUCUCUGAUACCAAGCAGAAGCUCUAUAAGCCCUGCGGUUAUGUCAUAAAGAGUGCUCAGGCUGGACCUAUAACAUGUGGAAAGCCAAUACUCAGAUCAACUGCUCCUUCUCUCUGCACUGUACACUUCCAAAAGGCCCAGAAGCAUGUAACUCGGGCUUUGAAGAAAGCAGGUCUUAAUGUUUCCUCAUCAAGUAAACUUGCUCCUAAGUUCCAUGUGAUAGUAGCAGAAUAUGUGCGUCAAAUUCAAGCAAAAAGAAAAGCUGCAAAAAGGGGAAAUAGAAUCAAAGGUUUAGAUAAGGAAGUGACUAGCUAAGCCAGUUUGUCAUUCUGGAAUGACUGAUGGAGCAUGAAUGGAAGUGUACAUUGUUCCCAAGAACCAGAGGAUACAUUUUUUUCCAGGUGAUGUCUUUCAGGUGUGAGAUGUUAAGCAGCUUGAACUCUUACGAGGGUCUAUGGUAUAUGUGUAUUUAUAUACAUACCAACUGUAUGAAAGCCAGGUGUCUUCAAUGUCAACUAAAUGCCUACCUUCCUUGGAUAAGCGCACAAGUUAUUCAGACUCGAGUCUAGUGCCGUGUAUUUAUUUGAAUGCUGAGUUUUGAUAUUUGAACUUACAAUCCAAUU